AACCACCCAAUCCACAUGAAGAAUCUGUCCAUUCAGGAACUGGAAGAUCUGGCCGAUGAACUGAGAGAGGAGAUAGUGUACGUAGUGUCGAAGACAGGAGGCCAUUUAAGUGCGAGCCUGGGGGUGGUUGACUUAACUGUAGCACUUCACCAUGUUUUCAACAGUCCAACCGACAAGAUUAUCUGGGACGUUGGCCAUCAGAGCUAUGGGCAUAAGAUAUUGACGGGAAGGAGAAGCAGAAUGCAUACUAUCAGACAGACGAAUGGACUUGCCGGGUUCCCGAAGAGGGAUGAGAGUGUUCAUGAUGCUUUUGGAGUUGGUCAUAGCUCUACUAGCAUUUCAGCUGGCUUGGGAAUGGCAGUUGGGAGGGACUUGAUGAGGAGGAACAACCAUGUGAUUUCUGUUAUAGGAGAUGGAGCCCUCACAGCAGGCCAAGCCUAUGAGGCCCUGAACAACACUGGUUUCCACCACACCAAGCUUAUUAUUGUCUUAAACGACAACGAACAGGUCUCGCUUCCCACUGCAACCGUGGAUGGCCCAGCCAAACCUGUUGGAGCCCUAAGCAGAGCCCUAACCAGGCUUCAAUCCAACAAAAAUUUUCUUAAGUUGCGUGAAGCUGCUAAGGGGAUCACGAAGCAAAUGGGAAGCCAGGCACAUGAGGUUGCUGCAAAGUUGGAUACGUUAGUGAGAGGAGUGGCUGGUGGGUCUGGUGUGUGUUUGUUUGAAGAGCUUGGGCUGUACUAUAUCGGUCCUCUUAAUGGGCAUAACAUGGAAGACCUCACAUAUGUUUUUGAGAACCUCAAGACCUCGCCACUUAUCGGACCUGUUCUCGUUCAUAUCAUCACUGAGAAAGGAAAGGGCUAUCUCCCUGCUGAAAAUGCCCCAGACAAAAUGCACGGGGUUGUGAAGUUUGAUCCAAGGUCAGGGAAGCAGAUGAAGAAGAAAACAAGUACACUUUCUUACACACAGUACUUUGCAGAGUCAUUGAUAGCGGAAGCUAAGGUUGAUGACAAAAUCGUGGCCAUCCACGCCGCCAUGGGAGGUGGCACCGGACUCAACCUCUUCCAGAAAGAAUUCCCUAAUAGGUGUUUCGACGUGGGAAUCGCAGAGCAACACGCUGUUACCUUCGCUGCUGGCCUUGCUACUGAAGGCUUUAAGCCCUUUUGUGCCAUCUACUCUACUUUCCUUCAGAGAGGCUUCGAUCAGGUAGCUCACGAUGUGGACCUUCAAAGGCUACCAGUAAGAUUUGCCAUGGAUAGAGCUGGCCUUGUGGGAGCUGAUGGUCCGACUCACUGUGGAGCCUUUGACACUACGUACAUGGCCUGCUUACCCAACAUGGUGGUUAUGGCUCCGUCGGACGAAACUGAACUUAUGCAUAUGAUCGCAACGGCUGUGGCCAUCGAUGACAGGCCAUGUUGCUUCAGAUAUCCGCGAGGAAACGGAAUAGGAACCACACUUCCACCAAAUAACAAGGGCACGCCUUUGGAGGUUGGAAAAGGAAGAGUUAUAAAGGAAGGGUGCAGAGUUGCUCUGGUUGGAUACGGGACAACGGUACAGAAUUGUGUCGAGGCUUCAAAGAUCCUUGAAGCUCAUGGGGUUUCUACCACUGUGGCUGAUGCGAGAUUCUGUAAGCCUCUGGAUCGAGGUCUGAUGACGGAACUGGCUAAACAGCACGAAAUUCUCAUCACUGUUGAAGAGGGAGCCAUUGGAGGAUUUGGUUCCCAUGUUUCCCAUUUCCUCGGCUUAAACGGAUUGCUUGAUGGAAAUCUCAAGUGGAGGCCGAUGACACUGCCUGAUAGAUACAUCGACCAUGGGUCUCAGGCAGAUCAAACUGAAGCUGCAGGACUGAGUGCAAAUCAUAUUGCAGCCACUGCUUUAACUUUGGCCAAUGUGAAUUGGGAUCAUCAUCUUCUUCUCAGCUUGCAAAUUUGA